CAACAUUCAUUCUUGAUUCUUGUUCAAUGACAAAUUGAUAAAUUUUGUGUCGAGAAGCAGAAUUGUGAUUUUUUACUAUUGUGGUGUAAUUAUUGAUAAAAUUCUGUGACUCACUACAUUUUUAUAAAAACUUAGUUAAAAUGGCGAACGACGAUUCGAUGUUAAAACAUUACCUAUCCAAAUACAAACACCGUGAUUACACUUGUCGUGAAGUGAUUAGUUUGAUACAAGUGUACAGGAGUUUGACUUUCCGUUUGGAAGUCUUUGUCUUCAACAACGGGGCCAGAAAGGAUCUCCUGAACCUCGAAGGUACCAUUCCUGUAAACUACAAGGGUGCUUAUUACAAUAUUCCUGUAUGUAUUUGGCUUAUGGACACUCAUCCUCAAAACGCGCCAUUGUGCUUCGUAAAACCCACUUCGGACAUGUCUAUCAAAGUAUCCAAAUACGUGGACAAUAACGGGAAAAUCUAUCUGCCUUAUUUGCACGAGUGGACACAAAAUGGCUCAACUUUACAGAAAUUGGUACAAUGCAUGAUAGCUGCAUUUGGUGAACUGCCCCCGGUAUAUUCAAAGCCUCGCAACGAAACAAGACCUCCGUAUCCGAUGGCAUCGUUUAUGCCGACACCUGCAUACCCCUAUCCGCAGGCAAGUCCAACCCCGCCCUAUCCAGGGGCUGCACCGUAUCCCGCUGCAUCGAACUUGCCUUACCCCUCUUAUGGCGCACCAUACCCAGGACAACCUAAUACAAAUGGGAUGCCAUACCCUACAGUGUCAGCUGCCACUCCAUACCCACCAGCAGCAGGGUACACCCAACCACCUGAUGUAGCUGGAGGCACUAUCACUGAGGAACACAUCAAAGCAUCACUUCUAUCAGCAGUGCAAGACAAACUCAGACGCAGGCUCAAGGAGCAAUCUCAACAGUCACAGGCUGAGCUGGAAACCCUGCGCAGGACCCAGCAGGAGUUACGUGAGGGGAAAUCGCGUCUUGAGGACAUAUUGACCAGACUGCAAAGAGAGAAAUCUGAACUAGAUAAGAAUGUGACUAUUUUACAGGAAAAAGAGAAAGAAUUACAGGCAGCUGUGGAACGUUUGGCUGAGCAGGAGAGUGUGGAUGUUGAUGAGGCUGUGGUGACUACAGCUCCUUUGUACUCGCAGCUUUUGAAUGCUUUUGCUGAGGAAGCGACAUUAGAAGAUGCUAUAUACUACAUGGGUGAGGCAUUACGUAAAGAGGUAAUUGAUCUGGAUACUUUCUUGAAGCAAGUACGCACAUUGGCGCGUCGUCAGUUUACUCUGCGUGCUCUGAUGCACAAAUGCAGGCAGAAGGCGCAGCUAGCAUGCUAGUGAUAACGAAAUGAGAAUAUAUAUUAAAUACUCUGUGAUUUCUUCAGGAUAGGGUGUGACUUUUAUGGGAAAUUAUUUAUUUAACUAUUGUGAGAUCUUAUCAAAAUAUUAAAUUACAGGAAAUAUUUGAAUGGCAGAGGCAAACUAAUUUAUGUAUUUUCUGUAUUUUUGCUAAUUUCUUUAAAACAGGGCUGGUUAUCUACACUUGCUGUUAAAACCAAGAUUAAGUAAGCUAUUUGAUUAAGAUAGACAUUAGAUUGCUAAAUGUAUAAAAAUUGAGCAAGGAUAACUUCUCGUAAUUUUCUUUCUCAAAAAAGGCACAUCACUAACCAUCACCUAUCUUGGAUAUUGAAAAAUUUUGUAUGUGCAUAACAGUAUAGUUCACAUAACACAAUUCAAUAUAUGCUGUAAAAAUACAAAUGUUUGUCUUUUUGUUGAAUCACAUUGUUUGGGGCAAGAAAGGUUAGUUAAAUGUGUUACAGUUAUUAAUGUGAAUGGGAAUGUGUGGGCCUAAAAUCUAAUACCUAAGUUUUACAGAAUCUAAGAUUUUACAAAUUGAGGAGUGAAAAAUUAUAUGUCUUGAGAACAUGUUAUGAUAAUGCUCAACUCUUUUAAAUGGAUUGUUUAGACAGUCAAACUAUAUUAAAUUGUAAAAAGAUAUAAAUAUCUUUCCUUUUAUGUAACUAAGGAAAAUUGAGUUAUUACACUGCCACUUUUGGCCUAUAUAUGGAUAUUGAUGAAAUGUAUUAAUAUACAUAACAUCAUACAUUAUUACAUACACAUGUUUCUAAGCUUUUGAUACUUGCCAAUCAACAUAAUGCCCUCAUCUUUGCAUAUAAACAUAUUAUUGUCAACAUAUAAAUACUAUGUUGUUAUCACAUGCAUUUAUCUUUCCAGCAUAGUACAUGAGAACUUCCUAAGAUAUGAAUGUAAUCAUUAAGUAUAUAUCAUCAUGUGUUUGUACACAUUGCAAGUAGGAUUUACUCUUUAUAUUGCAAUUAUGUAAAAUUGUAUGUUUGUAUAAGCUAAUAAGACACUGGUGUCUAUGUAUUCAAUGUAUGUAUAAAUUUCAAUUGUUAAAAUGAACACAUAAGUAGAUGUCUAUUUUGCUUAAUCAAUCACAUAGUUUUGAUAUUAUGUGUGCAUGUUACGUAGGAGAUAGGGUAUACAUUUGAACAGAUUAUCAAUAAUAGUAAUAUUUUCUUUAUAUUGUAUGAACAUACCCCAAUAGAACAGUUAGUUUACCAAUAGUUCACAAGUAGUUUUAUUCCUUUACUUAUUAUAGCUAAGCAUUGAUAUGGAAAUAAACUAUUUUUUCUUAUUUAUGUUUAUACUAAGUUGAUUCCGUUGCUAUGUCGGCAGUUAAAAAAAAAUGUUUGUAACUUUCACUAGAGUCAUUGCCAUCCAAGUUAUAUUUUGUACACACAACAAAAGACUCCCUCCAUAUAAAUGCUCACUAAAAACCUUGGACUUUUAAGUUUUCCAGUCUAUUAAAUAACAAUUAAGUGUUAUUUAUUGAUGAAUAAUAAAGAAAACAAUUACUACUUACUAGUCCUUGAAAAAACUUAUUGAGCUCACAAAAAUAUAUUGGAUAUAUUGUUUUGAUAUUGAUUUUUCAUAGGCUUAACUAAUGAUUAUCUUGCAUAUUUGUGUUGGACAUUGUCAAAUAGGUUUUCCUUAUUUACUUUUUGGCUAUAACCAGCUGGGAAAGUAUGGUCUGUUUAAUGCUAUUGCAAUUUUAUCAACAUGAUUCAUCUCUUAAUAAAAAAUAGUGUUACAUAGAUGUUAAAGAUGGCGUCAUUUGUUAAUGUUCCAAUAUAUUCCUUGUUUUCAACCAAAUAUCCCAUGCUAUUUGACAAGUAAUUGGAAAAUAGGUUCUAGUGGAAUAUUUUGUGGAUGCAUGUUUAAAAGAAUAGUGCUUGAAAUUACAGUUGAAUAACAGGGAUGAAAUAGACAAUAAGUAAUAUUAUUGUGUCAUGGGCUUACUUACCUUGAUGGAUGUUUGUGUGUUUAUGUAGCAUUCAAAUAUUUGAUUAGAUUUUUUUAUUAAAUAGAGAGUGGCAUGAGGAUGAAAUAAAAAUUCAUAUUUUGUAAUUUAUUAAUUAUCUAUUCAAACCAUAUUGUUAUCUGAAUAAUUUAAUUGAAAAGUUGUGAUUAUAAAAUGCUUUUUAUCUGUGACUCGCCUCGUAAUAUUGCGAAAUUGUGAUUAUUUUUAAAAAAUGUGUAUUGGUAGGUAAUAUUUUGUAUGUAUACUUAUUAUCAAUGUUUAAACGAAGUUACUUGUUUAGUGUUAACUACCUUUAUACCUAUUGAAUGUAGUCAAACUCCUGAUAAUUUAAGCUUUUAUAAGUUUGUUUAUCUAGAAAAAUAUCUAAAAAUAAGCUGUCAUAUUUUGGAAUAUGAUUAAAAUGUAUGUAAAAAAAACUAAAAAAAUCGUAUAAAGUGCACAUUUUAUUUAGUUAAUUGUUAAACAAUAUACCCGUCACUUGUAAACUUUAUAAAUUAGUUGACAAAUUUUUAUGCAUUCAAUAUAAGAUUAAUUUGUUAAAAGUUUAUAAGUAAAAGGGUAGACUGCAUCAUAAUUUACCUUUAUCUAUAAAAGUUACAAAAUUUAAAAAAAAAUAUGAUAAUGAUCUUGUACAUUUGGCUGAUCUGAGAACAUUAGGUUCGUUCAGUUUUGUUUUUACUUAUUGCUUAUAUCUUGGUCAGUCACUGCAGUUUAAUUGUGUUAUUGUAGUAUUUGUGCUAGGUUUUAUUAUUUUAGCCACUAUGUACAGUGAUUUACGUAAUAAUUUAUGUCUCAAUUUUUACAUAGCUUUUUGCACUGGAGUUUAAUAGUAUAAGUAACUAUCACCUUAAAACAUAUUGUUAUGUGAAAAUUGAGCGGGAAUGUUCAUAAUCAUUUUUAUAUCGAGACGUAAAGCAUAAGUUUGCAUAUUAUUCAACUGCUGACUGAAUAUAUUGUCACAAUAAAUACAUGUAAAGUUAA